AUGGGGGUCGAACUGGUGGGGGCGGCUGAAGCAUCCCUUCUUGAACACUACCUGGACACCGUCGAACAUUUGCCUGACGAUGUGCAACGAACGAUCUCGCUGCUCAGGGAAAUCGAUCAUCAGUAUCAGCACGUUUUGAGUGAGCUCGAGCACAUGAUGUGCCAGGAGGAUACGAAGAAGACUCUUAUCCAGAAGACCCUGAUCCGAGCGCAGGAGCUUGCAGACGAGAAGCUCUAUCAUAUGCAACAACUCAUGGACACCAUCGACAACAAGAGUCGACAGCUGGAGUUUGAUGCCAAGACGUUGGAUAAACUGAAUCGGCAUCAUAGUCCGGCGACGAGCUUUGCCGAAUGUCUUUCGAAGGAACGCUUCUUGGAAAGGAAUCAGAAUUCGCCCCUGGCAGCUCAUUCGAGCGAUGACAACUCGAAUCAGAACAUACCAAAUAAUUCGAACAUCAGCAGCAGUCUGAACAACAACAUCGGCAGUGGAGGCAACAACAACAAUAACAAUAGCAGCAGUAACAACAACAUUAGUAACAUCAAUAGCAAUAACAACAGCAGUACGACCAACAACGGGGCGACCAACCUUAGCCACAGCCAUAGCAACAACAAUCUCCAUAGCGGGAAUAAUCUCAAUUCUGGAGCCGAUCGGGGCGGUCAGCAGCACGUUGGGAAACACAAGGACGACAACUCACAAGCCUCAUCAGCAGGACACGCAGGUGCCAAACGAGCGAGGCGAGCGGCAGCUGCGAAAGACUACAGCGAGAGUUCCUACGACAAACGGGAAAAGCGUAGUUCUACCCAACAAAACGCGAGGGGUAAUAAGCGCAGCAGCUCCGAUGCAGGACAAGCCAAGAAGCGGAAAAGCGCCCGCCAGCAAGAUGUUAUCUCUCCCGUCGAUACGAUUGAUCCCGACGAGCCGUUGUAUUGUCUGUGUCAACAGGUAUCCUUCGGGGAGAUGAUCUUAUGCGACAAUGAAGAGUGUUCUAUCGAGUGGUUCCACUUUGCUUGUGUGUCGUUGAACACAAAACCCAAAGGCAAAUGGUAUUGCCCACGCUGCCGAGGCGAUCGCUCAAAUCAGAUGAAGAAGAACAGCUGA